UGAGGAGCUACCCACAAGAAAUACCAAGAAGAUAUGAAACUUCUGUGUUAGGAGACAACAGUAUGGAACCCCUGCAAUAAGAUGACAACAGAAGUUCUCCUGAAAAAAAACCAUGGUGCCAUAUGCUUCCCAUCCACCUCCAGCUGGAAGCACAAAAGGCAAAGAUCACAUGUGGAGAUAAGAACCCUUUACUGGAAACAGCAAUGGGAUAAGACAAUGAGCAGUGACAGCAGCAAUAUUGAUAAAAAUGUACAAAAGAGAGAGUGCAGAGCUUGACCCGUGCCACCUAAACAGUUCCCUCUGGUCAGGACCAGUUUUACCAACACUGCUCCAUCCACCACGCUCCCUGCGCGGGGAAGGAACAUCUUUCUUCUUGGAAGGGAGAGAGAGUCCUUCUCCUGUGCCCCUAGCAUUAACAAAAGAUGGCAUCCAAUAGCAUUAGGAUUUUGGCUAUGCCCACAGAGCUCCAGGCUCCACUCCCUCAUGGUUACUGCAAGAAAUCAACCAAGACUUGUACAGGAGGUAAAAUGUUCAGAGACAACUGGCUGCACUGGCUCCGAGGGGCCAGCUGGUCCAUGAGCAGUCUGUCACCAGAGGUACGGUGUUGGUAAAUGGAUUAGAAAGACAGAAUGCAGGAAUAUAAACAGAACAUGGUGUGACCUCUCCCAUGAGACCUCUGACUACGAAGAGCAAUACUAUGCAAGUGUUAAGGCAUUCCUAAAUGGGGCAUGCUCUGACUGGAUGGAGACCACACGAUUCAACCCUCUAACAGACACUAAAAUAGAUCCACCCAUGGUAAGUGUAUCUUCUACUGACAGAUCUAUCUCAAUCGUUUUGACUGCUCCUGAGAAAUGGAAGAGAAGCCCAGAGGAAGAAUCCAUAUCUCUGCUUCAGGUGUACCCUGGCCUACAGUACAAUGUGUCUGUCCUCAACAAAAAAACAAAGAAGCGGUGGUUCUUCUCCAUCAGCAACAACACCUUGGUUGUGCCGUGGUUAGAACCUGGAACAGCUUAUUGUGUCAGUGCACAGAUACAUGUCCCCACACCAGUUCUGGACAGUGCCUUUUCCAAAGAACAUUGCAUUACUACACUGAAAGAUAAAACAGAAGAUGAGACUAUAACAAUCACAUUUGGAUAUAUUAUGCCUACCAUGCUGGCUCUCCUUUUUACUUCUGUGGCAUGCUAUUGGGUGCACAAGUAUAUUCACAUCCACAAACAAAAACAUCCAACAAACCUGGUGUGGCAGUACACUGACAAAUGCAAGGAAUGGGUUUUCAUACCAAGUGAAAAAAUGGUGCUCAACCUUAUCACUGUUGAUAGGGAUGACUGUGAGGAAUCCAGACAUCUGUCAGAAAGGAAAAGUCCCCAUUAUAACACUGCUUACAAUGACACUGAAGGGAGGGAUUUGCCUUCUGAGCAGGUGCUGAAAGCAAAAUAUUUGCUUGAUUUUUCAUGUGAAGAGAUUUCACUCAAAGAGGAUACUUUAGUGGAAGGGAACCAAGCUGGAAACUGGGCAUCUCAUGGCCGGUCUGGAACACAGAAUACUUGGAGAGAUAAAAAUGCAGAGGUUGUGGAGUAUGAGCAUGAUGUAAGGACUGAAGACUUCAGUCCUGGUCAGAAACUAGAAGAGAUGUUUUCUGCCCCUGGGGGGCUGCAGGGUGAGCCACAGGUUGCUUUGGGGGACUUGGUUGAUAUGGGAACAGGACAGCCCUAUUCCCCCCAGCUAGAGAUACAGGUGGCACACCUUUGUUUGGGACAGAAAACAGAGGAACUUGAUUUGAAGGUGGUUGAUGCAGCAGAUGAAUUGCCAAGUGAGACCCAUAUCGAAUUCAUGGACCUGGGUACUGAAAAGUCUGGGCAGCCAUCCUAUCAUCAGCUGGAAGAAACCACACAGGGCCUCACAGAGAAAGAAGGUAUGCAGACCAUAUUGGUUGAUUGGGAUCCUGACAGUGGAAGACUGUAUAUUCCUACUUUAUCCAGUGUUGAAAAUCAGAUGUGUGAAGGACUAUUCAAGUAUGAUGAUCCCAACAAAGAUGGAAUUUUGCUCAGACUCUAUGACAAAGGGCUAUCUGGUGAAUCACCUGAGGACCAAGAAAUGUAUCUCCUGCAGUUCAAGGAACAGUGGGGACUUCAUGUAGAAAUGGAAGACUGAAAGUAAUUUUCUAAGAUAUUCAAAAGUGCAAAAUCUUGUUUAUUUUGCUAAAGAGAGUGGUAGACUCAGGGGAACAGGCAUGUCUUAAUGUUUUGAAAUUUUUGGAACCAUCGCAGUUUAACAAUUUAUUCAUUAAAUGUUAUUUAUAGCAGUCUCCAGAUGUGACAUAAAUGAUUAUUACAUUAAUCAUAAACCUAUUGUGUAAAAU